CAGGGCUUCCUCGGCGACAACUCGAACGCGAUCUUGUCGUGGUACAACACCAACUCGGGCCAGGACUCGACCAACGGCAACUCGUGGUGCGGCUUCCCGUACGACAACAACGUCCCGGGCGUCGCGCCGUCGCUCAAGACGAUGCUCAACAACUUUGGCGGCGACUACGAGGCGGCGGCCAAGGCGUACUGCGGCCUCGAGCUCGUCGUGUCGACCCCGGACGGCAAGAGCAAGACGAUGUACAUCGCCGACGCCUUUGACGACACCUGGGUCCUCACGCCGUCGUCGCUCGACAUCAUCCACGGCUCGUUCACCGACCUGUUUGGCUCGUACACCGACAACAAGAACGACGUCGUCAAGGGCGCGUCCUGGAAGUUCACCGGCCAGCGCAACGACAAGUGA